AUGGAAGUUCCCUUGACCACUGGUACUCAACCUGAUGCUCAACCUGAUACUUUAAACAACGGAGGCAAAGGAGCACUUCAUGACGCUUGCGUUAAAGGAGAUCUCAACGCGAUCAAACUUCUGAUAAAUGCAGGAGCUGAUGUUGAUGUCAAAUCGACCAAUAAUUCAACCCCGCUACUCUUAGCAGCCGAGUACGGCCACCAAUCAUGUGUUGAAGAGCUGAUAUCGUAUGGAGCAGAUCCCACAAAGAGGGACAAUGACGGGGAUUCCCUCGUCCACGUUGCAUCAUUAGGAGGCGGAUUAGAAACGUUGAAGUUCGUACUUGAUCUUGAGGGAAUGUCAAAACUCAUCUCAUCAAAGAACAACGUAGGGCAGAUACCACUCCACUCCGCUGCUAAAGUGGGCAACAUUGACUGCGUUGAACUUUUGCUUGCUCAAGAUACGAGACAAGAAGAUGGAGAAGAUAGCUGUUUUCUCGUAGACGAACAAGACAGUCAGGGAAAAACACCACUGCAUCUGGCCGUUGAAGGUGGAUUUUCUCCCGUCAUCGAGGCCUUGAUCGAAGCUGGAGCAGACCUGAACAUCCAAAACAAUGACGGAAAAACCUGUCUGCAUCUUCUUGUAACACUGUGGGGUAGUCCUGAACAUCCUGACAAAAAGGUCCAGACCACCAAUGGUUUUGAGCCGGUUGUAUCAAGAUAUCCUCAGUACGAGCCGCUCACCGACAAGGGAGCCAUAUGUACAACGUUUGACGCGAGUGGCGACACACCGAUACAUUGUACAAACACACGAAGACUCUGGCAGCUUGUUGUAUCAAGGUAA